CACAUCAUACGAAAUGCCUAAGGCAUUCAUUUAAACCUUAAAUUCCAAUCAUUGUCUUCCUGUUGUGACCCCUGGCCAAGAUAAAUCAAUGUUUGAAACCAUUGACUGUAGCAGCACAGCCCCGCUCUUUUGUUGCUCCUCAGAAUAGGUGAGUUGAAAGUGAAGGUAAGUAGUAAUUCAAGGUGGAUUAUUUGGUCUUUUGUUCUCCUUGUGAAAUUAUAUGUUGUAUGUAUUCAUGAACUUGUAGUGCCUGUUUGAUUUGUUUUGGUUUCAGUGGCUGACAUCGAUGAUCAUUUUUCAUACUGUCAGUUGAACACGUCAAUUUGGUUUGUGCUGGCUUUUCUGCAUUCCCUAAUAUGUUUUUACUUUCCCCACAGUUCCUCAGUAUAGCCACAUUCACACAAAUUCAUGCUGGGUAGUCAUAUCUAGUCAACUUUUUAAGAAUAGUUAUAAAAUAUAUUAAUAGGAUUUUCACAACUGACCAAAAACUCGAUGUCACAAAUGAUUUUUUUUGCAAAAAUCUUCUGGUUCCCCAUCAUUUUUUUAACCCGUUUUGAUUAUCUUGAAUAAUUUAUGUAGUUUAAAAGACUAUUUAAUUAAAUUCUUGCCCAUUUCAAUGGCAAAAAUAAAAGUGAAUCCUGAAGGAUGGUUAGAAUUAAAUAACGUUCAGUAUUGAAGUCACGAAAAGAGUGACCUUAACAACUGUGCAUACAGAAAACGUAAAGAAAAACGUAUAGUAGUUUUUUUUAUAGAGCUACUAGUUUAUUCUGAGAAAGCUGUUAAUUUUUUACCAGGUAGGCAUGUAUGAUUUACUACUCCAGGACACUAAACUGAAGAUCAUUUGAUGUGUGAUUCAUAAAAUAAAUGUUGUUUUAACAACUGCUUAGCAUUACAGUGUCAGGCUAUUUGCUUGCCCCAUUCAUGAUUACAUUUUAAUAGUUUAUAAAAAAAAUUUACUUUAGUUUGUCCCUACAUCUAGUUUUUAAACAGAACUGACUGGAAUUAAUAUGGUGUGGCAUAAAGUUAUUUGCAAAGUUAUUAGAUAUAUUAUCAACCGUGAGACACUAAAACAUUUUUCCAGCUACAGACCUCAGAUUUGCCACUGUGGUGGGAAGAUUAUUUCCUACAUGCAAUGCAGUCACUCAAUAUUUAAAAAUUUUCUUAAUUUCUAAGAUUUGCUUUUUUACUGAAAAUGCAGACAACGGUGAGUGCUUUUGUGUAGAGUAGGAUGUCAUGUGACAGCUGGAAUAAAGAAUUAUAACCCCAUAGAUAACGGUAGGCCAUAUCUAUAAUUUUGCUUUGUUGUUCAUUAACUGCAGUAUGAGCUUUCUCGUCCAGUUUAGAUGUGUAUCACACAACCUCUAAAUCACAAUUACAUGUCUGAUCUAUAUCUCUAUUUUCAACCAUUUGCACUAUAAGAUGAAAAUGUAUGAAUAAAGUGUAAUAGUGUGUAAAGACUUCAUUUUAGUUUGGCAUUUUGCUUGAUGCUCAUUUAUAAAUAUGUGAUCCUCAAAUAUUUUGGUGAAUAAAGGCAACAUGAUGGUUUUUAAAUCUGUUUUCUUGUGUGGUUUUGUUAACCUGUAAUGUUUUAAUACUGAUGUCAUAUAUCUAAUGUCAUUUUGCCCAUCCCCGGUAACAAUACACCCUCUUUUUUUUUUACACAAAAAUGACCUAAAGAAAUGAUGCAGUGGAUUUACGUCUCAAAACUUAUUUUUUUGAAGGGAGGUCAAUGGAAGAGACCAUUCACUUCGCUAAAUAUACUCCCUUUGUGAGGAAGUAGAUGAAUCGACAACAUAUUCGAUCUUUAGUAGCUUUACAUCCUUUUGGUGGUUAUUGUAAUAGAUUUUAGUAUGAAAAAAUAAUAUCUUAUAAGAGAAGGCUAUGUAAAUGUUGUAUAGCAGUAAAUAUUGUAUUGUGUCCUUAGUCUGCAAGAAAUGCGUUAAACUGUACAUAAAUAAUGACAAAACAUGACUUUUGACAUAACGUUUGAGAAAUGAAUGUCGCAUCAGCGCAUGCGCAAGCGAGCAGCACGCGGACCGUACCCCGAAGGCUCGCAGUUAUAUUCUGUCUUCCUACCCCUUCAGUAGACUACACGGUUGAAAGGUGUUCAUAUCAAAAUGAUACCUAAUGAAAUACCGUCAGUCACUUUGAUGUCAGGGGUGCAGAUGCCCCUCUUGGGUUUGGGCACUUAUAAGUUACAAAGCUAUGAUCAGUUAUGCCAGUGUGUGGACUCUGCUCUUCUAGCAGGAUACCGAAGCUUUGACACAGCCGCUGUGUAUGGAAAUGAGGCACAACUAGGGCAAAUCCUCAAAGAGCUGUUGCCCAAGCAUGGCCUUAGCCGUAAAGAUAUUUUUAUCAUCAGCAAGCUUUCCCCUUCAGACCAUGGACCCAGGGCAAACGAAGGUUGCCUUAGGAGUCUGGAGCAGCUAGGCUGUGAAUACAUUGACCUCUAUCUAGUCCACUGGCCUGGAAGAGAGGGUCUUGAACCAGAGGAUUCUUGUCAUGCAGUGUUUCGGGCACAGAGCUGGGCAACCCUAGAGGAAUUCUACACAAGCGGGAAAUUCAAGGCAAUAGGAGUCUCUAACUACACUGCAAAGCACAUUAGGGAGCUGCUCACGAUGUGCCUUGUGCCCCCAGCAGUCUUUCAAAUGGAGUGUCAACCAAAGCUGAUCCAGAGGGAACUGAGGGAUUUAUGUACAGAGAAGGGCAUUCACUUCCAGGCGUACUCCUCUCUCGGUAAAGGAGCUCUCUUGAGCGAGCCGGCAGUAGUGGCUAUAGCAAAGAGCUGUGGUCGAACCCCUGCCCAGAUUCUGCUGAGGUGGGCUGUACAGCAAGGCAUCUCAGUUCUGCCUCGUUCUUCACAGCCACAAAGAGUAAAGGAAAAUGCAGAGGUUCUUCAUUUUAAAUUAAGCGAGAGUGAUAUGAUGAUGUUGAAUGCCAUGAAUUGCGGAGCACGGUUUUGUACUAGAGACUCUAGCAAUAUUGCUUAGGUUUGAAAAUAGUAUGUACUUU